AGUCUUACGAACUCGGCUAAUUGAGUCUGUGGCCUUGGAAAAUAGUCGCGGUGGGAAAGUUCGUCGUUUUUGAACACGGCCAUACGGACGCUGGGGCUUCCACAUUCCCUCAGUGUCUUACUGGACUAAACGCCACAAAGCACAACCAGAGGCAGGACUACUUGUCAAGGUGUUUGGCUCGUGACGUCAUAUCUUAAUGGCGGACAGCAGAGAUGGGAGGCAGAUGUUUAUUUAGCCUCGCCGCGCUGCUCCUCUGCCCCUUCCACGUCUUGGCAGACUACUGCGAGUACCCCCUAGUGGAGGAGUCCGUGCUCACAGCCUCCUCGGAACUCGUCACUCGCGAGGCAGACAAGGCUCGGCUGUACGAGGAGCAUGCCUGGUCAGCUGCCGACAACAACUACUACCAGAGCCUGACCGUCGACCUCCGCAAGAGACACAGGGUCACUCGCAUUGCAACACAGGGCAAGCAGAACACACGGGAGUUUGUCAGCGAGUUUGUGGUGCAGUACUCGGACAAUGCUGACCUGUGGAAGACGUACAAGAAUCCUAUGGGCUUAUAUAAGGCCUUCCCGGGUAACGAAGAUGGGAACACUGUCUCCACCAACCUGUUCGAGACACCGAUAAUUGGAAGGUACAUCCGCGUCAAGCCUACACGAUGGAGGGACCGGAUAUCUAUGCGCUUGGAGCUGUACGGAUGCGAGUAUUUACCAGAGACCGUGAGCUUCAGUGGCAAUGCAAUGGUGGUGAUGGACCUGAGGGAGUUUCCGGUGGACUCUGUGCGCGACCACAUCCGCUUCCGUUUCCGCACCAAAGAGCCAGAUGCAAUGGUGAUGUAUGGACGAGGCACCCAGGGGGACUACUUGGCCCUCCAGCUGGUGCAGAACAGGAUGGUGUUGAAUGUGAACCUGGGGUCACGUUUCCUUACCUCCCUGUCUGUCGGGUCCCUCUUGGAUGACAAUUCUUGGCACGACGUGGAAAUUCGAAGGGAGCAACGCAACAUUACCUUCCUGGUGGAUCGUGUCAGAGUGGAUGACAUCAUUCUGGGUGACUUCAAGAGGUUGAAUCUAAAUAAAGAGCUGUACAUCGGGGGUGUGCCAAAUCUGCAGCUGGGGAUGAAAGCGCGGGUGAACUUCACAGGCUGCAUGGAGAACCUCAAUAUUAACGGCACGGCAAUCAUUCCCGAGAUGAGGCAGGCCAGCGACUACUACUCCCGCUACAACAAGAGGCCAAAGUACUCCCUCAUCAAUAUUGGCAGUGUCUGUGAGUUUGGCAUCUCAGCUGACCAGACCCUGACCUUUACAACCAGGAAGAGCCAUCUCAAGUACCCAGCAUUUGAGGACCAGAAGAAGAUCAACGUGUCCUUAGAAUUUAGAACUUACGAGGAAAAAGGCGUUCUCAUCCACCACAAGUUCACUACAUAUGGAUACUUCAUGCUGUUCCUGGACGAAGGGAAGGUGAAGGUGGAGGUGAACGCACGUGGCACUCCCGGCCUGGUGGUUCUGGAUAACUUUGAGACGCUGUACAACGACGGACAGUGGCACCGAGUCAUGUUUGUGGUGAUGGAGAAUCGCAUGGAGUUGACAGUUGAUGACGUGCCCAUGCAAACUGUCCGGAUCAUCUCGGUCAUAUCCGGCAAGCACUUCCUCAUUGCCGGUGGUGUGAAGGGGUCGCCGGGCUUCCUGGGGUGCCUCAGGAAGAUCUCUGUGGUCGGGUACAUGCAGAAGCCCAAGGAUGAGGAAAUCAUGUACCCAGAAGGCAUUGUACGGGCGGCCUGUCAGAUCAUAGACCGCUGCAAUCCGAACCCUUGUGAACAUCGGGGCAGGUGCAAACAGACCUCACAGGAGUUUAUCUGUGACUGCACGGCCACAGGCUACUCUGGGGCUGUCUGUCAUACACCCCUGAACCCCAUAUCCUGCGCUGCAUACGGCAUUCAGAACCCAGGCGUUAAGAGGGCUGAGAUCUACAUUGACAUCGACGGCUCAGGGCCUCUCGUUCCCUUCCCCGUCAGCUGUGAAUUCUACAAUGACGGACAGGUGCACUCCUAUCUCAGCCACAAGCAUGAAAAGUUGACAACAGUUGAUGGUUUCGAGAAGAGAGGAUCUUAUGUACAGAACAUCAUCUAUGACGCUGGAAUGGAGCAGAUAGAGAUCUUCGUCAACCGUUCCGCUCGGUGUCGUCAGCGGAUCCAUUUUGAAUGUCUGAAGGCCAAGCUGUUCAACUCUCCGUCCCAGGAAGAUGAGGACUUCUUGCCCUACACAUGGUGGGUUUCGCGUACCAAUCAGCCCAUGGACUACUGGGGCGGGUCACUGCCUGGGUCGCGAAAAUGUGAGUGUGGGCUGAUGGGGACCUGUGUGACGGAUAAGUGGUGUAACUGUGACGGCGGCCUGGAGUCGUGGCUUACUGACAGUGGGGAGCUGACGGUCAAGGAACAUUUACCGGUCCGUCAGCUGAGGAUUGGGGACACCGGCACUCCGCUGGAUGGCAAGAAGGUCCGGUACACCCUUGGGCCGCUUAUCUGCGAGGGAGACCAUGUAUACGACAAUACUGUUACUUUCCGCAAGGCUGACGCUACGAUUAAUCUGCCUCGUUUCGACAUGGGGCACUCUGGGGACAUUUUCUUCGAGUUCAAGACCACAGUGAGGGAUGGCUGCCUCAUCCACGCCAGGGGGCCCACAGACUACAUCAAGAUAUCCAUUGUUGGGGGCAUUGAGCUACAGUUCCAGUACGAGGCGGGGUCAGGGCCGAUGAGCGUUAGUGUGGAGACGAGUAACGUGCUGAAUGACGACACGUGGCACUCCGUCUUGGUGGAGCGCAACCGGAAGGAGGCGCGGAUGAUCGUGGAUGGUGGGCAGAAGGGCUUGGUGGCCGAACCUUAUGGGCCAGUUCGCGCCAUCCACUUGGAGUCUGACUUCGUUGUGGGUGCCACCCUAGACUACCGGGAUGGUUUCGUGGGAUGCAUCCGAGCCCUGAUUCUGAACGGGGAGCUGCAGGACCUGAGGGGCCGGGCGGAGAAGGGCAUGUACGGGGUGCAGCCAGGAUGUGUCGGGAAGUGCAGCUCUAACCCUUGUCUCAAUAACGGCACCUGUCAUGAAGGCUAUUCAACAUUUGAGUGUGACUGCAGAUGGACAGCCUUCAAGGGACCUAUUUGUGCUGACGAGAUCGGAAUCAAGAUGCUGACAGAUACAAUGGUUCGUUAUGAAAUUCCUGGGACUUACAAGACCACCAUCGCUGAGAGGAUUCGAGUCGGCUUCACCACCACCAACCCUCGCGGCUUCCUCAUGGGUCUCCAUUCCAACCUCACUGGGGAAUACCUCACGCUUGCUAUCUCUAAUUCAGGUCACUUAAAGGUCACAUUUGACUUUGGGUUCGAGCGUCACGAGAAGGUUUACGGCAAGCGAACCUUCCAUGAGGGACAGAACCAUGACGUCAAGCUUUACCGGUCCGACUCUGGCCGACGUCUGACUAUGCAGGUGGACAACUACGAGCCAGUAUCUUGGACUUUUGACGUGAAGGGUUCGGCAGACGCACAGUUCAACAACAUUCAGUACGUUUACAUCGGCAAGAACGAGUCGAUGGCCGAGGGUUUCGUUGGCUGCAUAUCCCGGGUGGAGUUUGACGACAUAUACCCGCUCAAGUUCUAUUUCCAGCAAGACCGCCCGCCUAAUGUCAUUGCGGAGUCUACAUCCUCCGUCUUCGAGGACUACUGCGGGAUCGAGCCCAUUAGGUACCCCGAGGAAGAGGCAGAGACACGGCCACCACCGGAAGUGUCGGAGGACGUGCUCAUGGGCUUAUACUCGGACAAUUCUGCGGUCCUUGGGGGAGUUCUUGGUAUCAUUUUCCUCGCAUUGCUGUGCAUGGGGUUCCUGAUCGGCCGGUACAUGGCGCGUCACAAGGGGGACUACCGCACCCAUGAAGCUGAUGGCGCAGAUGUGGCCCCGGAUGCCGACUGGGCUGUGCAGCAUGCCACCACCGGCCCCCAGGUGAAGAAGAACACCGAGAUGUACAUAUAGGAAGGGACGCAGCACCACCACCACCACUACUACUGCUACUACUACCGCUACUACGUCCUCAUGCAAUGCCACACCAUCAAUACUUCAGCGUCUCAGGUUACCACCACCACCACUACUACUACUACAGGGUCUUCAUGUAGUGCUAUACCAUCACUUCUACUGCUACUACUGGGGUCAAGAACACUACUAAUACUACGACUACUACUACUACUACUACUACUGCUGCUGCUGCAAGGUCUCUAAGCACCACUAAUACCAUGACUGCCAUUACUACUAAAGGGCCUGUAGUCAAGACAACACCAAGAUGUACUUAAGUGAGGGAUGCACUACUACUACUACUACUACUACUACUAUAGGAGAACACAAAGAUGUACAAAUAGUCAGAUACAAGUCACCUAACACCAUGACUACUACUACUACUACUACUACUACUACUGAGCCUCACUUUAAGAACACAAAUGUACAUAUAUAGUCAGGAACAGGCCACCAGCAGCACCAUGACUACUACUACUACUACUACUGCAGAGCCUUGCAUUAAACACCACCAUUUUUAACAAGCUUUCUGCAUCAUUAGUAGAGGAAAAACACCCUUGAGAACCCCACCAAGUCAUAUCUGUGACCUUGCAAUACAGUCGAACGAAUAUACACUUCACAGGUCACAGGUCAAGUAGUAGGUGGUGCCAGCGACCCAAGUUGACCUGAGUUAGGCCUAAGUUGAGGGCAGGACAGGGUAGGGGAGCUGUAGGCCUAGUUAGGGCUAUCAUGCAUAAGAGUCUAGGCUUCAAAGUGUUCAGGUCUACAAUUAUUGCAGGGUUUUUCUUCUAUUUUCUAAAUUGACAAACGUUUUUAUUAUUUUAUCAGGUUGUCUUCUUUUACUUCUUGUUUUCUUUUGUUCUUAAUCUUGUUGCUGCUUCAAAAUUUUCUCUUUCUCUGUCUUUUAGUCUAUUGUGUUUGUUUGUUUUUGUUUUUCUAUUGUCAUGUUUCUCUUCUCUUGUCUUUUGUAUGUGAUUGUGUGUUUUGUCUGUCUGUCUGUCUGUCUACAAACUGUCUGCCUGUUUGUUUGGGUUUCUGUGCCAAUGUUUUAUGUCUUCAGUGUGUUUUUACUAAUUCUUGUCUGAUUUUCUUGCUUUGUGUUUGUCUUUUAAUGUUUUUAUUUUCUGUGUUUUCCAUUUUUUUAAUCCUCGUCAUAUUAUUUCGUCUGAAUUUUUUCAUUUUUUUUAUACUCUGUCCAAUUUUUCUUGCCUCAAAUCUGUCUUUUACAAUAUAAUGUGUUUUGUACA